AUGGAACUAAUCAAUCAAUCUAAUAAUUCCUUAUCAACAGGAUUACAUACCGCUUGGCUUUUGGCAACAUUAGGUUCGAAACCAAGUAUUCGAUCCAAGUUAGUUAAGAAAUCAACGAUCAAUUACCUUCUGAUUCCAGAAUUAUGUCAUGAAUUAAUCACGUCUACCAGAUCGCCCACAACUCAUACACAAGAUAUAGAUACCGCUAUCGGGGAAACACUUACUACUGGUAAUAGUAUUCGAUAUAUUUCUAAUAUCAUGCAUGGAAUUUCCAUUCUAUAUCAAACAAAAAUUAAUUAUUUAAUGAAUGAUUUGAUAUAUAUCGAAUCACGUCUCAAAUGUUACAAUUACAACAAUCUUAGUGAUAUUAUUGGUUUAUCUCCAGAUUCGGUAAACCAAACAUGCUUAGGAGUUUCAAUGAAUAGAAAACGCCCAAUUCGGUACUUGAUUGAUGAUCCAUCAUUUAGUAUUCAUUUAGGGUUAGUGGUUCCAUUUAUGGAAGAAACUGACGAGAUUACAAAGAGAAGAAAAUUGGAUAUUUUACAAAAAGAUAAUGCUGUUUUCCCCCUUGUAAAUGGUAAUGGUGGUAUUGUUGAGCAAUUAAAUUUCCAUUCUAUGACAUUUACGUUACAACCUCAACCUGAAGACCCAUUUCAAGUUCACGAAUCUUCAAGUUUGAGUAAUGGUAACAAUAAUGGUCUUUCACCUGAUUUGGAGUUGAUUCCUGACUUUGAGUUUAAUAAUAAUGGUGAUAUUGUUGACAAUGAAGGUGAGAAUUUAUUGUUAGGUACUAGAUUUCCAACAAGAGAGUUGGUUCAUAAUGACGAAGCAGAUGUUAUGAACAUAUCAUUUGAGGACAAUGUUGCACAUAGUGCCAAUCCAAUUGCAAUUAUACCAAAUAAUCAAACUAAUAGUAUUUCCAAUGACUUGAAUUUUUAUACCACUACUGAUACAUUAGUACCAGUAAAUAAUGAACACGCUAUUCAACAAAAUCUUGGUAUAAAUAAAUUACCAUUUCGGAAGUUACUCCUCGAUAAACAUACCCGAAUUGAUAGUGAUUCAAUGAUUUCAUUUGUAAUGAACUAUGAAUCAAGAAUGAACACAGUUGAUGAACCAACUGAAUCUGUGGAUAACGUUGUAAAUGAACUAUAUGAUGUUGUUAAUGCUGUUCCACCUUUUAUGAAAUUUGUUAAUAAGGUAACCUUACCAAGUGUAAACAACAAUAAUAGCCACAAUAAUAACAGUGUUGAACAAUCAUUUUUCACUAGAACAGCUAGUAUUUUACAAAAAACAGAAGAAACAGGUAAUGAAAAUACUGAAGAAGGAAGACAAAAUAUGGCAGUAAAAAAUUAUGCUAUGGAUGAGGAAAUAGCAGACCCUAAUUUAAAUUUUGAAGAUGAAGAUCAUUUUGAAUUACCCAGAGAAUCAGAGCAUAUUUUCAAUUUAGAAUUUGAUUAUAAUGAUAUCAACCAUAGCGAGGAAGAAGAUUCAAAGGAGGGAGUAAAUUCCACAAAAGUAUCGCAACAAAGCACUAAUGAUUUUAGCAUUAGUGACGAUAAUUUAAUAGGUACAGAUAAUAAAUUAAAUAAAUUCUAUCGAUAUAUGAAAGCGAGAUCAAAUGAAUUUGGGAAAACUAUUGUUGGGAAAUAUCACAUUUUAAAAACAAAUAAUGAAAAUAAUGAACUCCUUUCCUCGCAAACUUCUAGUGAUUAUCGUCAAACUAAAUUUCAAAUUCUUGUACCUGAUUCAAAGCAUGCCAUUGAAGUUGGGGAAUCGCCAGUUCCAAGAAGAGUUGCUGCUAAUGCAUUUGCCUGUGUUUUGACUCUAGCAACCAAAAGUUUGAUCAAAAUUGAAGUAGUACGAGAAACAGAUGAAUUACAAAAGAGUAAUGACAUUAAUAUAAUUAUGUCUUUGGAAUUAAGCUUAUAG